AUGGCAACUGGAAAUGAAGAAAUAUAUGAGGAACUUAAGGGAAUAUUGUUUAGUGAUAGUGCAGUAGCAGGUGAAGCUGCGGGUUUAGCUAUGGGUUUAGUGAUGCUCGGUACUGCCAAUGAGAAAGCAAUUGAUGAAAUGUUACAAUAUGCUAAUGAUACUCAACACGAGAAGAUCUUGAGAGGUUUGGCUAUUGGCAUUGCUUUAAUUAUGUAUGGAAAAGAAGAAGCUGCAGAUUCUUUGAUUGAACAACUUAUUAGUAAUAAGGUACAAUAA